GACCCUCUGGAUGAGAUGGGUGAAAAAGGGUUGCGGCCUUCGUCGGUUCUCUUCUUUCUCAAAGAUCCUCCUUGUGCCAUGACAGCCCUUCUUCACUCCAUCUCCGCCCACCCGAGCUCCAAACCCCCGGACGCCACCGUCACCAGAUGUAAGCCACGCUUCCUCUCCCAUCUCCCAAACCUCCCUUCUCUCUCCCUCAACAAUGGCUUCUCCAGGGUCUUGGCCUCGCCCCCCGUCGCCCUCCCCCCUAAGGACGCCGCCUCCUUGUCCCUCCCCAGCUGGAGGAACGGCAAGAACGAAUCGAGAAUCAAGGAGGUCCGGCUCCACGACGCCUUCCUUCACCUGGAGCACAUGGUGGGGAAGGGGCACAGGCCCGACGCCGCCCAGGCCACUCAACUCGUCUACGAUCUCUGUAAGUCCAACAAGAUCCGGAAGGCCAUUCGCGUCAUGGAGCUGAUGGCCAGCUCUGGAACCACCCCCGAACCCUCCACCUACACCUUCCUCGUGAAUCAGCUGUGCAAGAGGGGCAACGUCGGCUACGCGAUGCAGUUGGUUGAUAAAAUGGAGGAGCAUGGGUGCCCCCCCACCACCAUCGUCUACAAUUCCCUGGUCAGGGGCCUCUGCAUCCACGGCAAUCUGCAGCAGAGCUUGCAGCUUUUGGAGAGACUGAUGCACAAGGGGCUCAUCCCCAAUGUGUUCACUUACUCUUUCUUGCUCGAAGCAGCCUACAAAGAGAGAGGGGCGGAUGAGGCGGUGAGGCUACUGGAUGAGAUCAUCGCCAAAGGCGGGAGGCCUAAUCUCGUCAGUUACAAUGUUCUUCUUACUGGAUUCUGCAAGGAAGGUCGGUUGGAGGACGCAAUGCAGUUCUUCAGGGGGUUGCCAUCCAAGGGUUUUCGACCAAAUGUCGUCAGCUACAAUAUUCUUUUAAGGAGUCUGUGUUACCAAGGGCGGUGGGAGGAGGCAGAGGAGCUCUUGUCUGAGAUGGGCGAGAAGAAUUGCGACCCUAGCAUCAUAACAUACAAUAUCUUGAUCGGUUCACUCGCUUAUCAUGGUCGGACGGAACAAGCAGUUGACAUCUUGGAGGAGAUGGCAAGGAAUGGGUUUAAGCCCGUAGCCGCGAGCUAUAACCCCAUAAUUGCUCGGUUCUGCAAGGAGGGAAAACUGAACAUGGUUCUCGAAUGCCUGGACAUGAUGCAUAGGCAUUGUACUCCUAAUGAAGGCACUUACAAUGCAAUCGCGGUGCUCUGUGAAGAAGGGAAGGUGGAAGAUGCAUUCUCCAUAUUGCAAAGCUUGGGCAAUAAGCAGAAUGCUUCCAUGAAUGACUUCUACCGAAAUGUGAUAUCAUUCUUGUGUAAGAAAGGGAACACCUUUGCUGCUUUCCAGUUACUGCAUGAGACGACAAAACAUGGAUUUACUCCUGAUUCAUACACCAAUUCCUCCUUGAUCAGAGGUCUUUGCAUCGAGGGCAUGCUGGAUGAAGCCAUUGAGCUCUUCGAAGUGAUGGAGGAAAAUGGUAAUAAGCCUGAUAUAGACAACUACAACUCACUUAUUCUUGGAUUGUGCAAGGGUCAGCGGACAGAUCUGUCAUUUGAUAUAUAUGAAUCAAUGAUCGAGAAAGGUUAUGCGCCUAAUGAAACAACAUACACUAUCCUGGUUGAAGGACUUGCUCAUGAGGAUGAAGCAGAUUUGGCUGCAGAGGUGUUGAAAGAGUUGUACUCUAGAAACAUUGUGAGCCAAAAUACCAUGGAGAGGAUCACUAUGCAAUAUGACUUGGACUAAUUUUUGGUACAUGUGGUUGCAGUUUAAGCAGUUGACCAGCUCUUGGUAAAGGAUGUGUUGCUAGGUUUUGGAACCUGAACUUAUGUGAAUCUUCUGUUAUCAAGCACAUAUAUCUUGACGUCAAUCACAAUCUGAGUGCCAUUAUCAUGAUGAGUGUGAUUGUACCAAAAUCUCUCUACUAUUAGCUACGCUUUAGUUCCUGGCUUUCUACUUCUAUGCUGAUCAUUCAUUCUGAAGGAAACUUUUGUUGCA